CCUGCAAACAGUAAAUUUAAAAAUGUUGUUAUUAUUAAUACACAAAUUAUUACAUGGCGACAAUAGUUGAAUAAAAUCUAGUUGAAAAAAAUCGAUAUUUAAGAAUAAUAUUAGAGUAUUGUUCGUGUGUCAAGUAUUCAUGACAUACAUAACACAACGGGAUCCAAUGCGGGCAUACCUAAAAGCUAUUACCAUAAGUAAUAAUUCAUUAAGUAGAAUAAAAUUCUACAAUCAAUAGUAAAUUUCACAAAAAACAAAGAGUUUCUAAAUUUAUAGUAAAUUUUUUUUAAUCCAUUUCAUUUAUGAAAAAAACUCGUAUAAUAUUUCCUAAAACACUAAUUGAUCCAAAAUUAAUGCGAUUACUUUGGUUGAUCAAUACCAAUUGUUGAUUAUUAAAACUGAAUCAAUGUGGCAGUACUGCUGUUAUCAUCUAACCUAACAUUUCAGCAAAAUGCACGUUUUGUAUUUAAUUCAUAAAUAAUAAAAAAGAGUUUAUUAUAAAAUAAAUAAUGAAACAUGGCUAAUGAAUUCUACGUGUAUUACCCGUUGACUAAAUAAUAAUUACAAAUUAGUGUUUUCAAUUGGUUUUUUUUUUUUUUUUAAUCAACUAUUAUGGAAUUUAAUAAACCGUCGCCGCUUAAAAUGACAGGUAUCUUGCCACAAAACUUUAAGUUUUUUAAACAGCAAGUUGAAAUAUAUAUAACUGCCACGGAAACUGAUGGCAAGCCAAAGCAAGUACAAGUAGCUCGCCUUUUGAACUUGAUUGGUUCAGAUGCAUUAAAAGUGUAUAACACUUUAGUGACUGAUAAAAAUAUGGAUACUGAUGUACCCGGAAUAUUAAAUAGAUUAGAAAAAUAUUGUUCUCCUAGAACAAAUGAAAUAAUGGCUCUCUAUAAAUUUUUUACUGCCAAACAAAAUGAUGACCAAUUUGAUAUUUACUUAACGCGUCUAAAAAAAAUGAUUAAACCAUGUAACUUUGGAGUAUUGGAAAACAAGUUACUCAAAACUCAAAUAGUAUUGGGAAUUCAAAGUCGUGAUACGCUUGAAAGACUACUCAGAGAGGACAUGCCGUUAGACAAAGUGAUAACGUUCUGUCAAUCUGUUGAAGUAGCCGAGAAAAACUGUAUGGAAUUGGAAAAAACAGCAGAAGUAAAUCAAGUUGCCAGACAAAUAAAUGCCAAACCAAAAUCAACUAUUAGACUUGGAUAUUAAUUCUAAUGCUGUUGAGUGUGUAAAAUUAAUAAUUAUUAGGGUAUCCAAAUAAAACUUUUAAUUCAAUUGUAUUGUAUACUUAAGAAAUAUGUUGUUAAUUGCUAUUGUCUAGAAUAAGAAUUAUAUUAACUUUAUUUUAUAUUUAAUUAUGUAUAAAUUUUCAUUAUUUAACUAUUUAAAAUUUUGUUAAUGAUAAGUUAAAAAGGGCAAGAUGUGGCAGUACUGCUGUUAUCAUCUAAUCUAAAAUUUCAGCAAAAUGCACGUUUUGUAUUUAAUUCAUAAAUAAUAAAAAUGAGUUUAUUAUAAAAUAAAUAAUGAAACAAUCACGACAUUUUCAAUUGUCGACGAGAGUAACCGUUUUUGUUCUUGUUAACACAAACACGAGGAAAAGGGUUUUUCUAUACGCCGUGUACUUAGGAGGCCUCUUUAUUUAACACGCUCGUCGUUUAGUAGACGAAAAACAAUUCACGUGGACCACUUUACCCCAAAUCGCCCACGUCAUAUUAAACUGCUAUAAUACCUCCGACCGGAGUACUUAUAGAGCGCUAUGUAUUCCUAGUCGUCUAUGACGUUGUCUCGGUUAAAGCGUCAGCGGGUAAAACUAGGCCGAGUGCAAAACGAUUUCGGCUUGAUCGGCAGCAAGAAAGGGGAGGGUGGUAAAUAAAAACUUCCGUAGCGCGUGUCGUCGUCCG